AUGGCUUCCGCUCGGCAGAAACUUGGUUUGUGUGCCUCUCUUUUAAAAAGACAGCUAAUCAGUCAGCCAGAUGUCAUCAUGUGGAAAAGAAGAGUGGUUCUAGGAUGUACCAGAAGUAUUUACAGUGCCACGGGGCAGUGGACCAAAGAGUACACCUUGCAGACAAGAAAGGAUGUGGAGAAAUGGUGGCAUCAACGAAUCAAAGAGCAAGUCUCCAAAGUGUCAGAUGCUGAUAAAUCAAAGCCCAAGUUUUACGUGUUGUCCAUGUUCCCGUAUCCUUCCGGCAAGCUCCACAUGGGCCAUGUGCGGGUCUACACCAUCAGUGACACCAUCGCGCGGUUCCAGAAGAUGAGAGGGAUGCAGGUCAUCAAUCCCAUGGGAUGGGAUGCAUUUGGAUUGCCUGCCGAAAAUGCAGCUAUUGAGAGAAAUUUGCAUCCAGAAAGCUGGACCCAAAGUAAUAUCAAGCACAUGAGGAAACAACUUGACCAACUGGGCCUGUUUUUCAGCUGGGAUCGGGAAAUAACCACAUGUUUGCCAGAGUACUACAAGUGGACUCAGUACCUCUUUAUUAAACUCUAUGAAGCUGGCCUGGCCUAUCAAAAGGAGGCACUGGUGAACUGGGACCCCGUAGACCAGACGGUGCUUGCCAAUGAGCAGGUGGACGAGCAUGGCUGUUCCUGGCGCUCGGGAGCGAAGGUGGAACAGAAGUACCUCCGGCAGUGGUUCGUUAAGACCACUGCAUACGCGAAGGCCUUGCAGGACUCCUUGGCAGACCUUCCAGACUGGUAUGGAGUCAAAGGCAUGCAGGCCCACUGGAUUGGGGACUGUGCAGGCUGCCAUCUGGACUUCGCAUUAAAGGUCGACGGGCAGGCCACAGCUGAGAAGCUGACCGCCUACACAGCCACCCCAGAGGCCAUUUACGGCACUUCCCAUGUGGCCAUCUCUCCCAGCCACAGACUCCUCCACGGGCUCAGCUCUCUGAAGGAAGUCUUCCGGAACGCCCUUGUCCCUGGCACAGAUUGCCUCACGCCUGUGACUGCUGUGAACAUGCUCACGCAGCAGGAGGUCCCAGUGGUUGUCAGGGCCAAGGCAGACCUCGAGGGCGCUCUGGAUUCAAAGAUCGGAAUUCCCAGCACCAGCUUAGAAGACACCGCCGUAGCCCAAACUCUAGGUCUUCCCUACACUGAAGUUCUUGAAACUUUGCCAGAUGGCACAGAGAGACUCGUCAACUCAGCUGAGUUCACAGGUAUGACCCGGCAGGAUGCCUUUCAAGCCCUGACUCAGGAAGCCCGGAACAAGAGGGUGGGCGGAGACGUGACCAGUGAGAAGCUAAAAGACUGGCUGGUGUCCCGGCAGCGGUACUGGGGCACGCCAAUCCCCAUCAUCCACUGCCCGGCCUGUGGCCCGGUGCCUGUUCCUCUGGAGGACUUGCCCGUGACCUUGCCCAGCAUCUCAUCGUUCACUGGCAAAGGAGGCUCCCCACUGGCCACAGCUUCAGAGUGGGUGAACUGCUCCUGCCCCAGGUGCAAGGGGGCCGCCCAGAGAGAGACAGACACCAUGGACACCUUUGUCGAUUCUGCCUGGUACUACCUCAGAUACACUGACCCUCACAACACGCAAAGCCCCUUCAGCACAGCCUUGGCAGACUUCUGGAUGCCUGUGGAUCUGUACAUCGGAGGAAAAGAGCACGCUGUCAUGCAUUUGUUUUACGCCAGGUUCUUCAACCACUUCUGCCACGAUCAAAAUAUGGUCAAACACAGAGAGCCUUUCCAUAAGCUGCUGGCUCAGGGUCUCAUCAAGGGGCAGACAUUCCGCCUUCCAUCUGGACAGUAUCUACGGAGAGAUGAAGUAGACCUCACAGGUACUGUUCCCGUGCAUUCAAAAACAAGAGAGGCGUUAGAGGUGACGUGGGAGAAGAUGAGCAAGUCCAAGCACAACGGCGUGGACCCCAAGGACGUGGUGGAGCAGUACGGCAUCGACACCAUGCGGCUCUACGUCCUUUUCGCCGCCCCUCCCGAGAAGGACAUCUUGUGGGAUGUGAAGACUGACGCGCUUCCCGGGGUGCUGAGAUGGCAGCAGCGUCUGUGGUCCUUGACAACGCGAUUCAUCGAGGCCAGGGCUUCUGGGAAGGGCCCCAGGCCUGAGCUGCUGAGUAACAAGGAGAAAGCCGAAGCCCAGAAGCUUUGGGAGUACAAGAACUCGGCCGUCUCUCAGGUGACCGCCUGUUUCACAGAGGACUUCUCUCUGAACUCUGCGAUUUCUCAGCUGAUGGGACUCAGUGGCACCCUGUCGCAAAUGUCCCAGCGGGUGGUCCUGCACAGCCCCGAGUUCGAGGACGCACUGUGUGCUCUGCUGGUAAUGGCUGCCCCGAUGGCCCCUCACAUCACCUCAGAGCUCUGGGCAGGCCUGGCGCUGGUGCCACAGAAGCUGUGUGCUCACUACGCCUGGGACACCGGCGUGAUGCUGCAGGCGUGGCCAGCCGUGGACCCUCACUUCUUCCAGAAGCCUGACAUCGUGGAGAUGGCUGUGCUGAUCAACAACAAAGCCUGCGGCAGAAUCCCCGUGCCCCAGCACGUGGCCCAGGACCAGGACAAAGUGCACGAGCUUGUCCUCCGGAGCGAGCUGGGGGUCAAGCACUUGCAGGGGCGCAGCAUUACGAAGGCCUUCCUCUCCCCCAGAACCGCCCUCAUCAACUUCCUGGUGCAGGAAUGA